GAUAAAAAUCGGCAGAACUGUUAGUGUUGAAAUGGACGUUCACAAGAGUCUUUUGGGUAAAUUUAAGUUGUCCGAAGUAAAAAUUGAUCCGAUUUUCGAUGAGAAAGGCAAGAGUCAUGAUGCACCGCCUGUGUUUAGUGCAAAAUUUUGGGCCGAUCCGAGUCUGAGCAAGAAAGAGCUAGUAAUUUAUGCAUACAAAGUAAAGAAUUGGAUUCAGUUGGCUGAAGCAUUGAAUUCAGAAUUUAGUGUGAAUGUAACGUCUCAUAUCAUUGAUGAAGUUAAACAAGUGUUCUGGGAAACAUUGCUAUCGAGACCGAUGGAAUUCGAAGUGGUACAGAUGAUUGAAAAUGAAUUAUAUUUCCCAAACAACGAAACGGAAUUCAUGCCAUUGGUCAGCAUUGCACUGGACCAGGAAUUUUUCUGCAAUUUCCAGCAAAUCAUUUCAAUCAACCGGACCACGUCACGCAAAUGUGAGGGCUGGGUAAUGAGUUGCAUCGAAUCACACAUUUUGAGCCAAUUAAAGAUCAAAAAUUUCGACCAAUUUACGAUCACCAGUGCGAAUAAUAAUGUUCAAAUUAACAUUCUCAAAUACAUCAUCUGCUACGACAAGUUGGAAGCGGAUCGGCAGAAAACCUUGAUCAACAAAUUUCUGGCAUUAGAACCGCUGCCAAUCUAUCGCGAUUUCUUCGAAAUUGUAUUGGGUAUCUUGAAUGACAAUGGCGAAGUGUUCAACGAAAAAUUUACCGAGUAUGUGGAACUGUUCCGAUUUGUCCAUCCGGACAAAGAAUUGGGAUCGAUAAUAACGGCCGACUCGAAUUUGAUUGUUGUAAAAGCUUUUGCAUCCGAACUACAAAACAUUCUGACAAACGUGAUAAAAAAUCCAAUAAUCGACAUCAACCGCCUGAUGAUACCACACUAUCGGUUCUUCAAAUCGUUUGAUGUUCCGUUCCCCGUUUUCGUUGCAUUGCUUGGAUAUAAUGAGUUACUACAGGCAACUAUUGAGUCCUCAAAAGACAUCAAAACAGUUUUCAGAGAUGCACAAGAUAAUGAAACGACUUUACUCACGUUUUGCAUCCGUGGUUUCAAAUACAAUAAACGACUAAGUGCACGAAGCGAUAUUUCCACUGACUUCGACGACUGCAUCGAUAUUUUGUUGAAGAGCUUUCCUGAUGACACAUUCAUCCGCGAUCACCACAAUCCGAUGGAUGAGGCAGUGAAAUACAACAACGACAAUGCUGCUAUCAAAUUAAUACAAAAAUUCGGAUUGACUCAUCGAUUUGUGCAAGUAAUCAAUACGAAGGUGUUAACGAAAUACCUGGACGGUCAUGUUCAUAACAGCAAAGUUGGCAUUUCAGUCAACUAUAGAUUUUUGAAAGACGAAACCAUCAAAAUUGUUAUGAGAAAAAACACUCUGAAAACGUCCAUUCAACAUCCGGUCAUUGCCAACUAUGUGGAGCUUAAGUACAGUCAAUUUUGGCCACUGCAUGUAACCGAUUUCCUUCUAUUUAUCAUAUUUUCCGUUAUAUCUCCGACUCUCUAUUUCUUUAUGCGAAACGAAACUCAAAACGCAAACUAUCUUCUGCACUCGUCGAUUCUGUAUUCGUUCCUUCGAUUCGGCCUACAAGUGGCCCUAUUUUACUACAGUCUUCUCAUUCCAAAUCUAUCCAAUUCUUUGCACCAAGAUCCGUCCGGCGAUUCAUUGCUACCGAAACCGUUGAGACGUAGUAGAAUUCUGGCUGGUUUAACCGAAGUUUUGAUUCUAUUCCUGUUGAUGGGAUUCCUAUUCAGCCAUUUAUUCACAAAUCGACCGGAAUAUCUUUUCUCCGGUUCGAUGUUACUAAUGACAAUUGAAAUGACCAAAAUGUUAUCUCGAAUAUCUCCAUCCAAUGUGUCCAAGUACAUUCUAAUGUUUAAGACUGUGGCCGCUACGCUUCUCAUUACGAUGGGAAUAUUCUUUUGGAUAAUCAUUGCAUUUACGCUCGCAUUCCAUGUGGUCAUUUAUGUGGGCAAAACGGAAGAGAUCUCAAAGCUAGAUAAUCUAUGGACGUCGUUCACAACAAUAAUGACCAUAUUUAUGGGUGGUCAUGAUGGGGAAGCGUUGAAGUUCAAGGGACUAUGGAAUUUGAUGCUGUUCACAAUGUUUGUAUUGAUUGCAAUUUCUGUGUACAAUUUGGCGAUCGAUUUGGCCAUGGAAAAGGCAAAACUACUUCGAGACAAUGGGGAUUUUGUCAGCUUGGAAAAACAGUUUAAUUUGAUACUCGAGUAUGGAACAAUUUUCAAAAUCGGUUCCGAGCCAAUAACCAAAAUCAUUUACAUCCGACGACCAGACGAGACGACGAUCAUAGAAGAACUGAUCUGGAGAAUCGACACCAGCAUUGUGAAAAGACUGAAGGGAUUCGAUCCGAAAAAUCGAUGGAAUUCUGAAACGGUUCAGAUAACACAGCUUCGUUACAGUGCACUCAGUGCGAUAGUCAAGUCAAAUGAGGAACAAUUGAUUCGAACUGAUAACAAUGUGAAAAUCGAAGAAAUUGAGAAGACUGUUCAUCAGAUUGAAGAUUUUUCGCUACGCAUGGAACACAAGUUGAAUGUGUUGCGGCAGGAAAGUGAUUCAAGGAGGGGUCAACUGAAACAAAUGAGAAAUGGACUAAGUAAACUCGAGACUAAAUUUGAUAUCGAAUGCAAGCAUAGGCACAAGCAACUGAAUCGAAUUUUAGCGGAAAUGGAACAGCUGAAUCGGCACAUGAACGAAAUUCGAUCGUUUCAAUUACAAUCGAAAGGAGAAUAAUUAUUGCAUUUUGAAGUGAAGAUUACUCCAUGAUAGUAGCUCGCCGAGCAGACUACAUCGAACGCCACCAAAAACAACCGAAUCUCAAAUCUUAUUUUCGUCUCGCUUGAUGCAGAUUGUAGUGGGGAUUGUGCCUACAAAUUAAUCGUUUUUGUCUUUGAUCAACAAUAAACUGAUAUCAUUUUUC